CCCGCUCCUAUUUAAUCCAGCUCCAGGCAGCCUGAAGCUCCCACUCCCCUCAGGACCCUCCCAGAGCCCUUCAGGCGGCAGCCCCGCCCCCCCUUCCUCCGCCCCCGGGGACCAUGAACUCCUUUGUGUGGCUUCUCCCCCUGGCUCUGGCGCAGGCCUUGUGGCGACCCCUCUCUGGGGCGGCCAAGUCCCCCUACCAGCUGGUCCUGCAGCACAGCCGGCUCCGAGGCCGACAGCACGGGCCUAAUGUGUGUGCAGUGCAGAAACUCAUUGGGACAAACAAGAAGUACUUCACAAACUGCAAGCAGUGGUACCAAAGGAAAAUCUGCGGCAAAUCCACAAUCAUCAGCUAUGAAUGUUGCCCUGGAUAUGAAAAGGUUCCAGGGGAGAAAGGCUGCCCAGCUGCACUGCCUCUUUCCAACAUCUACGAGACUCUGGGAGUUGUAGGGGCCACAACCACCCAGCUCUACGCUGACCGCACGGAGAAGCUGAGGCCGGAAAUUGAGGGACCUGGAAGUUUCACCAUCUUCGCCCCGAGCAACGAGGCCUGGAACUCUCUCUCUCCUGAAAUGCUGGACUCCCUGGUCAGCAAUGUCAACAUCGAGCUGCUCAACGCACUUCGCUACCACAUGGUGGACCGGCGGGUCCUGACCGAUGAGCUCAAACACGGGACAACCCUCUCCUCCAUGUACCAGAACGCUGACAUCCAGAUCCACCACUACCCGAAUGGAAUUGUCACAGUCAACUGCGCCCGGCUACUGAAAGCUGAUCACCAUGCUACCAAUGGAGUGGUCCACCUGAUAGACAAAGUCAUUUCCACCACGACAAACAGUAUCCAGCACAUCAUUGAGAUCGAGGACACCUUCGAGACCCUUCGGGCUGCCGUGGCAGCUUCCGGCCUUAACACGUUGCUGGAGGGUGAUGGCCAGUUCACCCUCCUGGCCCCGACCAAUGAAGCCUUUGAGAAGAUCCCUAAAGAGACGUUGAACCGAAUCCUGGGUGACCCGGAAGCUCUGAAAGACCUUUUGAAUCACCACAUCCUGAAGUCAGCCAUGUGCGCCGAAGCCAUCAUCGCGGGCCUGUCCAUGGAGACCCUGGAGGGCACCCAGCUGGAGGUUGGCUGCAAUGGUGAUGUGCUCACGCUGAAUGGGAAAGCCAUCAUCUCCAACAAGGACAUCCUGGCCACCAAUGGCGUGGUCCACUACAUCGAUGAACUGCUGAUCCCCGACUCAGCUAAGACCUUGUUUGAGUUGGCGGCAGAAUCUGAUGUUUCGACGUCCAUUGACCUUUUUCAACAAGCAGGGCUUGGGUCUCAUCUCUCUGGAAGCGAGCGUCUCACCCUCCUCGCACCACUGAAUACUGUGUUUAAAGAUGGAACUCCUCGCAUCGACGGCAACACAAAGAAUUUGCUUCUGAAUCACAUUAUUAAGGAUCAGCUGGCCUCCAAACACCUCUAUCAUGGACAGAUUCUGGACACGCUGGGUGGCAAGAAGCUGAGAGUUUUUGUCUAUCGUAAUAACCUGUGCAUUGAGAACAGCUGCAUUGCAGCCCAUGACAAGAGAGGACGAUUUGGCACUUUGUUCACUGUGGACAGGAUGUUGUCUCCCCCCAUGGGGACCAUCAUGGACAUGCUGAAGGGGGACAACCGCUUCAGCAUGCUUGUGGCCGCCAUUCAGUCUGCGGGACUGACUGAGACGCUGAACCGAGAAGGGGCCUUCACCGUCUUCGCUCCCACAAACGAAGCCUUCCGGGCCUUGCCUCCUGGAGAACUGAAUAAACUCAUGGGAAACACCAAGGAGCUUGCCAGUGUCCUGAAAUACCACGUUGGGGAUGAGAUCUUGGUGAGCGGUGCAGUUGGGGCCCUGGUGAGGUUAAAAUCCCUGCAAGGGGACAAGCUGGAAGUCAGCUCGAAAAACAGCAUUGUGAACAUCAACAAAGAGCCGGUUGUUGAGACUGACAUUAUGGCCACGAAUGGGGUGAUCUAUGCCAUCAACAGUGUUUUACAACCUCCAGCCAACAGACCCCAGGAAAGGGGUGAUGAGCUUGCAGACUCGGCACUGGAAAUCUUCAAACAGGCAUCCGCGUAUUCCAAAGCUUCCCAAAGAUCUAUACGACUGGCUCCAGCCUAUCAGAGGUUGCUAGAGAGGAUGAAACCAUAACCUGCAGAGCAGCUGGGUGAAUGGACAGACAGUGAAUACUUUCGAUCACAGUUAGAAUUGGUUGGCUGAAGAUACUGAAUUUUACCCAAUCCAAAUAUCACACUUCAACCUCUGUGGGCUCCAUCUAAAGAAAGAUGAUGACCAAAAAGGGAG